AUGCCCGCGUCGCGUUCUUGGGUUGCCGCCCGCGCGGCCGCGGCCGCUGCCUCCGCCGUUGCCAGCGGCGACACGUCGGCCUCCGGCGGUGAGGAGCUCCUCUCCGCCGGCACCAUGCAUGGCCUCUUCUCGGCCGCCAACACCAGCCACAUCGGCGGCCCCUUCAACUUCUCGUCGAUCGCGCGCAUGCGCCGCGCCGAGGCCUCCUCCCCCCGGCACAUCGCGGCCCCCUGGUUCUCGGACAUCGGCGUGCUUUUCUUCCGCCGGGACCUGCUCGAGCGGCACUCCUCCCAGCCCGGCGUGCGCCUCCCCCCGUACGAGUCGUAUGAGCAGCUAAUGAACGCCGCGGCCGCCGUUCAACUGGCCGAGUCACUCCCUUCGGGGACCGGGUCCUCGCGGCCGGCCUCCGGCCAGGCCCCCACCACCGCCCAUCCGGCCGGGCACCACGGCCUCUCGGGGCUCCUCUUCUCGGCGGCCGUCAGCGAGUCGCUCACCUCCUUCACAGUGGAGCUGAUGAAUGCCCAUGGGGCCAGUCCCCUCAUCGAGCCCAAAACCCAGCGGUCGGCCAUCAGCUCCCCGCGCAACACCCUGGCCCUUUACCAGGCCCUGUCCUUCCUCCAGCGCGCGCCCUCUCACGAGGCCGCCGUCGCCUCCAUCACUUCCUCCCUCAGCAGCGAUGACGAAAAUGCCGUGGCCAAGUUCCGUGGCUGUCGGUCGGUCUUCCUCCGGUCCUGGCCCUCGCAGUACCGGAAACUCCGGUCCGGCAUGAUGCGCUGCAACAAUCUCUCCGACACGGCCGACGUCGGGGUCACCGCUCUGCCGGGUGGUGGGUCCAUCGGCGGCUGGGGCUGGGCGAUCUCCAAGGACGCCGUUGACCUGCGGGCAUGCCGCGAGGCUGUCAAGUUCCUCUCCAGCCCGGAUCUCCUGCGCGAUCGCGCCGAACGCCUCAGCUUCAUCCCCCCCCGGGUGUCGGUCGGCCGGGAGAUCUGCGCCCGGCAGGCCGCCGACGCUGGGCCCACCUGCUCCAAUGCCGCGGCCGGUGACCAGACCUCGGUCUUCGAGACCGGCGACAUGGACUCCGCCCAUCCGGACCUGGGCCCGGGAUUCUCCCUGCUCCCGGGCAACCCGCCGCCCUUCGCCUUUUGCGAGAUCCUCGGCCUGUCGCCCAAUUCCCCGGGGCUGGCGACCGACCCGGCCGCCUCCAACGCCCCGGCCCGGCCGAAGCACACCCUCGGCAGUGGCAUCCGCAGUGUGGUUCUCGACGCGGCGGCCGCCGUGGCCGCCCACUGGAAGCAGGCCCGCUCGGCGGUUCACUCCCUGGCCCCCUCCCCGGCGGCCCCGCUCUUCGCCCCCGACACCACGGUCUCCCUCGCGGACCUGGACCUGUCCUUCCACGCGGCCGGCGGCCACUUCCCCCUGGUCCGGCCCUAUCAGCCGGCCGGCUACCAGCCCGGGCUGGCCUCCUCCGGUGCCAUCACCAGCAGCGCCGGCGGCACGCACAACCGCUCGGCCCCGGCCCCGGCCCCGGCCCCGGCCCCGGUGCCGGCCUCAAGCGGCGGCCCUGACACCACCCCCCCGGAGCUGGCCCCCCACCCGGAGCCGGCCGCGCCGCUGGUCAACAGCUCCAACCAGUCCCCCGCGCCGCACAUCAUCAUCCCGGACGCCGCGGCCGAGGGGUUCUCCCUGCCGGAAACCGGCCCCUACCAAUUCCGCAGCGUGGUCCGGCCCUUUGCCCUGUCGAACACCAGCUACCGGGAGGUGUCCCACCUGGUGUCGGUCUGGUUCUACCGGCAGUUGUCGCGCUCGUCCGACCUGCCGCCGCUGCCCGACAGCCUGGCCGAAACCCCGGCCACCGGGGUCUUCGACCUGUCCUCCCUGUCCGGGCCGUCGGCCGCCGCCGCCCGGCGCCUGUCUCUCUCGCUGUCCGAGCUGGAGACCGACAUCAACUCCCUGCUGCAUGGUGCCUCGUAUGGGGACUUCUGCGGCAUGAAGUCCGGCAUCUCCAUCCCCUGUCGCACGAGCCUCUUCUGCCUGGGCAAUGCCUGUCGCAGCUUCUUCCUCAUUGCCUUCUUCAUCUCGAUCCCCUUCGUGGCCCUGCUUGGCGGGGUGAUGUUCCUGGUUUUCUCCGAUCGCCGGCCCGAGGCGGUCAACAGCUGGAAAGUCUGGAACGCCUACUCGCUCUCCUGGUCGGACCUAUCGCUUGAUAGUGAGCCCCUCGGCCGCGGGCACUUUGGCAUUGUCUAUCGAGGCCGGUACCGCGGCACCGAGGUGGCCGUCAAGCGCCUGCUCUCCUCCAAUGAGAUCAUGGAGUCCAGCACCGCCCUCCGCGAGUUCAAGGACGAGGCCCGUAUCCUCGGAUCCCUCCGGCACCCGAACAUCAUCCUCUUCAUGGGCGCCUGCUUCGAGCCCGGCAACUAUGCCCUGGUGACGGAGUACAUGCCGCUCGGCACCCUGUAUCGGGUGCUGCACAAUGGCGAUGUCCGUCUUGACUGGUCCCUGCGCAUGCGCAUGCUUCGGGACAUCUGCUGCGGCAUGGCCUUCCUCCACAGCUCCAAGCCCCCAAUCCUCCAUCGAGACCUCAAGAGCCCCAAUAUCCUGGUUGACAAGGAGUUCCGCCUGAAGGUGGCGGAUUUCGGCCUCACCGUUCUCAAGAACACGGACACCGAGGACGUCAAGAAGAAGGCUCGCCGGUCCCGGCGUCGGAAGCACUCCGGCCUUCUGGAGCGCUCGAUGUCCUACAUCAACGGCUUCCGGACCGACAUUCGCCGGGCCUUCACCGAGCCGCCCAGCCAGCACCCGCCGCACUUCUACCAGCAGCAUCCUCCCGGCCACGGCCCGCCAGGAGCCCCGGACCCCUCCCACAGCCAGAGUCGCGUCCGGUCCUUCCUGUCCAGUGCUUCCGGCAUGGCCAGCUACUUUGGCCGGUCGCUCGGCCGGCUGACCGCCUACCAGCUUCUGUCGCUGGGUCGUGUGAUCGGCGAGGCGGCCGCCCACCCGGCCGAUGGCCAUCACGGCGGCUACCAGAGCGAUCCGUACCUGUCGGACUUCGACGAGUCGGACACCGGCGCCGGAGCCCGACGCGACUAUGCCUGGGCAUCGCACGUUGCCCACUCGCUCGGGGGCCGUAUCACCCGCCUGGGCCGGUCCCUCAGCAUGUCGCUCGGUGAUGCGGCCCAGGCGGAUGACAGCCUGGCCGGCGGCGGCACCCGCUUCCACACCACCGGCAAUGCGCACUUCUCCGACGACUUCUAUGGCGACGACGAGGACGACUAUGACAGUGACUACGAUGAUGACGGCCUGAUGUCCGACAACCAGCCCAUGUUCCAGGGCACGCUCUUCUGGACCGCACCCGAGGUCCUCCAGCAGCACCCUUACACCGAGGCUUGCGAUGUCUACUCCUUCGCCAUCAUCUGCUGGGAGGUGAUGACGCGCGAGCAGCUGUACCCCGACCAGCACCCGAUGUCGGUCGGCUACCGGGUCCUGAUGGAGGACAUGCGGCCACCCAUCCCGGAAGCCUUCCCCGAGCACCUGGCCAGCACCAUCACCACCUGCUGGUCCAAGGACCCGGAGGAGCGCACCCCCUUCAAGGACCUGCUGCCGAUGUUCGAGAACCUGGCCUCGCCGCAUCUCAGCGACUUCAUCAACCGGCUGGGGGAGUUCCGCGCGCUCAAUCGCUUUGACGAUGGCCAUGUGGACUUGUCGGCCCUGCUGGACAGCAUUUCCCCGGAGAUCGCCCCGCCGGAUGGCGACCGGGUGGUCUUCACCCACACGGAUGUCGAGCGCUGGACGCACAUGUGGAAUUGCAGCCCCACGGCCAUGGCCAGCGCCAUGCGCGGGUAUCAUCUGCUCCUGCGGCAGCUCCUGCGCGGGUCCGGCGGCUUCGAGGUGUCCAUCGACGGGCGCAUUUGCGUGGCCGCCUUCCGCGACGUGUCGAAGGCCGUGUACUUCGGCCUGAAGCUGCAGCACAUGCUGCUGGAGCAUCAGUGGCCGGCGGAAAUCGAGGACCUCUGCCCGCGCGUGGUGGCCCCGGGCCCCAAUGGCCGGGUGCUCUUCGCCGGGUUCCGCACCCGCAUGGCCAUCCACAUCGGCAAGCCGACCCUCGGCUCGCACCCGAUCACCCACCGGGUCACAUACACCGGGCCCACCCUCAACCAUGUGUACAUGCUGUCCUCCACGGCCAAGGGCGGGCAGAUUCUCCUGUCGCGCGAGGCGUCGCGCCAAUUCCAGGAGGUCCUCGAUGCCUCGGAGUGGCCCUUCGCCGAUAUCACCCCCAAGUUGGAGUACGCCGGCGAGGUGAAGCUGCACAAGGAAUUCUUCGAGUGCAUGCACGUGGUGUCGGAUGCCCUGCGCGAGCGGGUCUUCGACAACCGGGCCGACGCGGUCCUCAGCGGCGGCGGCGUCAGCGGCGUCAGCAGCACCCCCAGCUCCAGUGGCGGGGCCCUCAGUGGCGGCAGCGGCGGCGGCGGCGGCGGCGGCGACGACAGCGAGAUGUCGGUCUUCGGCUCGUACAUGGAGAGCCACCGGUGGCACAUCCCCCCGGGGGAGAUCGAAUUCGACCAGCCCUCCAGCAGUGUCCUCAUGAGCCAGUCGUCGGGCAACUUGCUGGACCUGCCCUCGACCGCGUCGGCGGCCCCCUCGCGCACGUCGCGCAUUGCCUACUGCUCCGAGGGCGAGGUCUUCCGCGGGACCUGGCGCAAUAUGCCGAUCGCGGCCAAGCGCCUGGAGCUCCGGCGCAUCCGCUCCGGCGCGCCCUUCUCCAGCAUCGCCCACUCGGUGUCCAGCAGCCCGAGCUCCUCCUUCCCGGACUCGGCCUCGCAUCCGACCAUGCGUCGUCGGGCCGGUGCCGCGCUCGGCACCCGCGCCGCGCACCAUGCCCUGCUGGAGCUGUCCACCGAGCUGUCCACCGUCCUGUCGCUGCGCCAUCCGAAUCUCCUGCUAUACAUGGGGGCUGGCGCCGAUGAUCGCCACAUCUACCUGGUGUCGGAGCUGAUGGAGCGCGGCAACCUGCUGGACCUCAUUCGGCGCAAUGUCAACCUCGAGAUGGGCUUCCGCCUGCGCAUCAUCCUCGACGUGGCCAACGCCUUCAACUAUCUUCACCAGUUCCAGCCGUCCAUUGUCCACGGUCGCUUCAAGACCCCCAACGUCCUGAUCGGCAACUCGUGGCAAAUCAAGAUCUCCGGUUACGGCAUGGACCGGAUCUUCGGUCGGCCGGACUCCGUGUCGGUGGUGGACUACUGGGCCUCGCCGGAGGUCCUGCGCGGGUCCCCGGCCGAUGUCAAGAGCGAUGUCUUCUCCUUCGGCUUGAUGAUGUUCGAGGCGCUGACCAUGAGCCAGGCCUUCAUCGACCAGCGCAAGGACAUCAAGUGGAUCAAUGAUGUGGUGGAGAACAACCUCCGCCCGGUGAUUCCCUCGACGCUGGCCCCCUUCGAGCGCCUGCUGACCGAGUGCUGGCACCGGGACCCGGAGCUUCGCCCCUCCUUCGUCCAGAUUACUCGCAGCUUGCGGACCAUCUGCGACCAGCAGGAGGCCCGGGCGCCGAAUGGGCGCCGGGCCGUGGUCGACCGGCCGUCCUUCGGCGGGGACCUGUCCCCGGGGGCCGGACCCCUGGGGGCCUUCCCCGAGGCACGCACCAGUGCCGGUGGCCAGCUUUCCCAUCAGCAGCACCCGCAUGGCGGCCCGUCGCAGCGCCAGCGCCCGAGCCUGCCCGUGCCCCCGGGCCGGCAGUCUUCCCGCACCGGCGGUGGUGCCCAUGGGCCGCGGUCCCCCUCGGCCGGGCCGCCCAGCCGCACGCCAUCCUCCAGUGGCGGGGGGUCGGCCCUUCGCGAUCCCCUGGCGGCCGGUUCUCGGGCCGAUGCCGGGCCCGGUGCCCACGAGGCCGCCGGCCCGACAGCAGCCCACCAUCCGAAGCGCUCCUCGCGCGAUGACACCACCCGGUCCUCCCAGUCGGACAUGCAUCACACCCAUGUAACCGGGGCCCACCUGUACCACCAGCUCCUGAGCCGCACCCGCUCGGCCAACCUCACCCGGACCAACAGCAUGCCGAACAUCUACCGGCCGGGUGGCGGGUCGGCCCUCUCCUCGCCGAUCCCCUCGCCGGCGGUGCCCUCUUCGCCGGCCGAGCGCAGCCCGGCCCCAUCGCCCUCCCCACCCCCGGAGGCCGCUUCCCUCGCUGCCGGCUCUUCAGACGCGACUCCGGUCCAUGGGACGCGCUUUUCCGCGUACCUCGACUCGGAUGAUGCCCCCCCGGCGGCGGCGGUCUCGGCGGCGGCGGCGGCGGCGGGGCCGCCCUCCCGGCGCGCCGGCCACACCGCCGCCCACGCCGGCGAGGAGCAGGCCCACGCCGGCGGGGACAGCCCCGGGCUGUCUUCCCCCCCGGCUGCCAGUGUGUCCCCCCUGCUGGGGCACAUGAAUCCGGACUUUUCGCUGGAGGCUUCCAUGCCCCCCCUGGCCGGCAGGUCGAUCUCCUCCUCCUCCUCCUCCUCCUCUAUCUCGGCCUCGGCCUCCCCCAGUCCUUGUGCAGCCACCGCCCCGCCGGCGGUGGGUUCCGUGGUCGCGAGCGCCGCCGAGCCGCCCGGCCAGCUGCCUGACCCGGCCGCGCCCGCCUCCGCCAGCCCCACCUCCACCACCGCCGGCGGUGGCCGCUCAGCAGCCCCCCGGAUGGUGGUCAACACUGCCGCUCCCGCUGGCAGUGGGCUUGCCCUGCUGCAGGUGGCUGCCUCCGGGCAGAGUGCCGAGGCGGGCGAGGCGUCCCCCUCGCACGCGCCGGCCCCCAGCCCAGACAUGCUGCUCGAUGGCCCGGCGGCGUCUGAGGACCCGGUGCCGGGGGCGGCCCCGGCCGGCACUCCGUCGCCGACCGCCGCGGCGCCGGCGGCGGCGGCGGCGGUGGCCAUGCCGGCCUCCGUGGCCGUGAUCGCCCCGGCCAGUCCGCCGCCAGCCGCCCCGCUGGUCAAGACCGGGCCGACCGGCACCUCCUCCCUGCCGCCCCUCCCUCGGCCCGGGCCCGGGCCCGGGCCCGGGGCCAUCGGGGUUCCCAGCAUCGCGUCCUCGGGUGGUGGCCCCGCGCGCCGGGCCCUCUUUGCCGCCCGGCCGCACGUCGCCAGCACCCUCAGCCAGGUGAGCUUCCCAUCGGACGAGAGCUCCUGCGAGAACCUCGGGGUCUAUUCCUCGGACCUGCUGGCCUUCGACACGUCUCUCGAGGCGGAGGACCUUCUCCUGUCGUCGGGCUCGCCUCCCGAGGAGAAGGCGCCGGUCGCGGUCGAGUCGCCCGCCUCCCCGGUGGAGCUGGCCCAGGACUAG